GUCGCACAGCGAUGCAGCGUCUCCAGGGCCCCUGCUGACUUUGCUGGGAAGGGAAGUCCACCUGCAGACGGCAGGUGGUCACACUGGCACCUCCCUGCGCCCCACAGCCUGCGGCCUCUGGUCUCAUGUGUCCACCGGCUUCUUCUCCCACGGAGGGUGCGGCCAGGGCCGUGGGGGCCACAGCGAAUUCCGAGGCCUCCUGCUCCGGGUCCCAGAGAUGCCACGCCGGGCGCUGGGGAGGGCUCCUGGCCGCGCUCACGCUCUCUCCUCUGCCGCCCUCUCCUGGCCCAGGGAGGCGAGGCCCCGGGGGCGCGGGCAGGAGGGAUGCAUCUGCUGGGUUCUCUGUGCCAUCGGCCGGUGUGGCAGGGACAGAGCAGCAAACUGUAAAAGACGACGUGACUUCGGCGUCCGAGCUAGGGAAUCCGAGGCUGUGGGGGGAGCAGGGCACCCGUGCAGGGCUGACGGAAGGUUCUGGAGCUUCCGGGACAGGCGGGGCCAGGAGAGACAAUGAGGAGGGUGUUGCCACCAGACUCAGUGCGCUGCUGUGGAGGAGCCCAGCCCACAGGCCCAUGGCCAAGGGUCAGGACUGCUCUGGGCGUCGCUGCGCCUGACGUGACCGGUUACAGCCCUGGGCGCCGCCCCCUUGGCGGCCUCCAGGACGUGCACCACCAGGUUCCAGGCCCGGUGACUGCGGCAGGUGGCGUGAGAGGCACGAGUCUGCCGCGGUCAUCCAGCAGUACCUGCAGAGCGCACGCACCCCAGCCCCGCCCAGGCCGUGAUGCUGUCACCGGGACGCCCACACUGGCCUGGAUCACGUGGGGGCAGCACAGGCGUCUGCGUGGACGGCAUCCAGUUCUCGCUGCAGCAGCGUGACUCACGGGCCAACGAGGUCCCUUUCUUAGGAACCAGGGAAGUGGCCCAAGAGAAGGGCUCUGUACAGAGACGCGGGGCCGGGGCCGGGCCUGCACAGGACGUCCCCUCCACGGUGGCCGGGAGGCUGCCACGCUCCUGGGGCAGGUCCCCACCCGGCUCCGCGGCCAGCGGCGGGGGCCUCCCCUCCCUGCGUCGACCACAGUGGUGGCCUGUGGGGCAGCAGGUGUCCCCUGGGCAACAGGGAUGUGCAUCGUGUGAGCGGGCCUGAGAAGAGCGCGGACGCCAGCGAGGACCGGGCCGACGUCUGCCUUCCUCUGCGUCUCACACGGCAAGAAUGAGGCAUUUCUGCUCCUUUCUGGUGUGGACUGUGGGGUGUCCUGCAUGGCUAGUCCUGUGGGUUGGGCAGCGCGGUGGGGAAGGGCUGUGAGCGACCAGGACCCAGCGGCCCCGUGGGUGAGCUUGUGAACAAACCCCCGUACGUGUGCCCGAGGACGCACCAGGAGGAGCGGGGAUAGCCACCUUGUUUCUCGCUGACCUGGCGUUGGGGCCGUGGGAAGGGCUUCCAUGGGCCACGGGCGCCCACAGGGACGCAGGAGGGCCGGGGUGCCCCAGCAGACGCACUUCGGACGCGACUCAGCCCUUGCCACCCGAUCCCUUUGCAGCCUGUUCACGCGGAGCCUGGACCAAGCCCGGGACAGCGGGCCCUGUGCCUCAGUUGCCCCAUCCACCCGGAGCUACCUGGCCACAGCUCUGGGUGACACUCCCGGUGAAACCACGGUGAUCCCCGAUGACCUACUGUUUCCUGAGCACGCAAGCAAAUGGACUCUGAGUCAUGCCGGGGUCACCAUGCCCUCGGCAGGUGCCGGCCGCGCUCCCACCCUCCGCGGACAAGCCCACGGCCAGGCCUCGUCGUGGUGCGGGAAAGCUCCGGGGUUGGUCUGCGACUCGGCCUCUGCGCCCGGAGGAGCCCAGGCCCCUGAGGUACGACGGAGCCCGUGUGUAACGUUACGUGAAACUCCCGCGUGUGGCACCGCGCAGCACGCCACGCCUCACCCACUAAGGUGUUACCAGGAAUCGUUGACUGGACUUAAACCCCAUAAAGUUCACAGUCCAAAGAGGACGUUCACGCACCUAACUUAGUCCAAACAUCCUUAAAAGUCUUCAGUAACCGAACAAAGUGUCAUUAAGAUUUUAAAAUCUAACUUGAUUAAACUUAAAAUUUUAAA